AUGACCUCCAAAGAAAAUCUGAAUGUGCAACAAAGUAGGUAUAUUCCAAAAGAAAAUCUUAUCACUUUAAAUUCAGAUGAGGAGCUUGGUAUUCUCACUUACACCGAUAAUUUUACUCAACACUCACAAAAACUAAAUUGGUUAGAAAAUCCUCAGAAACCUGGAGAAUAUUCAAGCAAUAAUAUUCAAUAUGCAGAGACCUCAGUCAUCACUCAAGCUUUUUAUGUGCCACUGGAAGAAGAAAAGUGUUUGACUCACUUUGAUGAAGGUAGACAAGCAAAAUUCUAUCUAGAUAUCAUGGAAAGAACUGGUGCUAACCUAGAAUUAACUUUUGUCAAAGACCACGGUCUCUACAUAACUGUCUCUGGUAAUCCAGAAACUGUCAUGAAAGCUCAGAAGGAAAUUUUUGCAUGCUUUCAGGAGAACGUUUUAACUACAAUGCCUAUUUCCAAAGAACAGCAUUGCUUUGUUACAAGCAAGACUAGAGAUAAACUACAAGACUUGGAACAAAAAGCUGCAAUGAACACUGAUUUCUUAUGCCCACAUACUCAGAAUAACUGGAUCAAUAAUGGCGGCACGCACCAGGUUACACAGAAAUCUCCAUACAAAGUCUUUCUUACACCUGCAGAAAAAGACAAGUGUGUUACAGAGACAUUACAUGCAAAAAAGACAUUUCAUCCCUUGUUUGCCGGGCCAUACAGUAAAACUACCGACAGUACCAUUCAGGAAACAGAGGCAUACAUCCAUAUUCCACCAUCCAGUGCCAAUGAGAUAGAAAUAGUUUUCAACAGAAGAAAAUCACAAGUGGACCAGGCUGAAUCUUGUGUAAGGGAGAAUUUUGAGAACACCAAAAUGAAAACAACCAUAGAUAUGGAGAUGAAAUCACAGCAUAAUUGUACCAUAGGUCCCAAGCACAAUUCUAUGCAAGAGAUCUUAGAAAGAACUGGAGUUUCCAUAGAGAUCUUACCAUCAGAUAGUAGUACAUCAGAUUCUGUGACACAUCAAGGUGAGCCUGAAAGUACAGGAGGGGCAUUUAUUGAAGCCUACUGGAAAGCCAAGGGUUACAUUGUUUCAUCCAUCUCUGCCCCUUCUUGGCUUCACAGAUUUAUUAUUGGUAAGAAAGGUCAGAAUAUAUCCAAGGUAACACAGAACAUGCCAAGAGUACAUAUAGAGUUUACUGGAGAAGAUAAAAUUAUCCUAAAAGGACCAGUGGAUGAUGUGAAUUAUGCUCAAAAAGAAAUUGAGAACAUGCUCAAAGAUCUAAUUAACAGAAUGGAUUAUGAAGAGAUCAGGAUUGACUAUAAAUUUCACAAGUACCUGAUAGAAAAGAAUGGUGUUAUCAUAAACAGAAUUAAGGAGAAGAAUAAGGUUUCUGUGCUAAUCUUACCUGAAAAUGAAAAGAAUAUUCUGAUCAGAAUUGAAGGGGAACAUCUGCGUGUCCAACAGGCCAAGAAAGAACUUACUGAUCUUGCAGCUAAUUUUAAAAAUGAGCACAGGAAAGACUUAAUAAUUGAGCAAAGAUUUCACCACACAAUUAUUGGGAAGAAAGGGGAACGAAUCCAUGACAUACGUAAGAAAUUCCCAGAAGUUAUGAUUAAUUUUCCACACUCAUCAGAGAAAAGUGACAUUGUCCAACUCAUAGGGCCAAAACAUGAAUUAGAAAAAUGCACAGAGUAUUUAGAGAAUGUGGUAACAGACAUUAUAGAAAACAGUUAUUCUAUAACUAUUCCCAUCUUCAAAAAGCUUCACAAAAGUAUCAUUGGAAAAGGAGGUAUAAACAUCAAAAAAAUAUGUGCAGCAAGCAACACCAAGAUUAAUUUUCCAUCAGCAAGUAGCAACUCAGAGAAUAUUGUCAUUUGUGGAAAGCCAGAAAACUGUGAAAUAGCACGUAACUGGAUCCUUUCAAUUCAGAAAGAUAUAGCCAAUAUUUCAGAAGUGGAAAUUUUUAUUCCUUCCAAUCUACACAAAUCUCUUAUUGAUUCCAAGGAGUGUUUGAUUAGUUCAAUCAUGGAAGAAUGUGGAAAGAUUCAUAUUCAUUUUCCAAGAAACAACUUAGGUCUUCAAAAAGUCAUUAUUAGGGGCCCUGCUGAAAGCGUUGAAAAGGCCAAGGAAAAGUUGCUGCAGCUAGCAGAAGAAAAGCAAACCAAGAGCUAUUCUACAGCACUCCAUGUGAAACCACAAUAUCAUCAGUUUCUUUUGAGCAAAAACGGUGGCAAUGUUUCCAAGAUCUGUGCUGAGACUGGAGUGCGUGUCAUUUUCCCUACCUUUGAGGACAAGGAUCAGGAACUGUUGACUCUCACAGGGAAAGAAGAAGCUGUCAACGAAGCACAAAAGGAACUGGAGGCUUUAGUUGAAGAUUUAGAUAAUGUGGUAGAGGAUAAUAUGCUGAUACAUCCGAAGUACCACCAUCACUUUAUUAUGCGGAGGGGCCAGGUUUUGCGGGACAUGACUGAGGAGUAUGGUGGUGUAAUUAUUAACUUCUCCUGUUCAGGAAAACAGAGCAACAAAGUCACAAUAAAAGGAGCAAAGCCUUGUGUAGAAGCAGCCAAAAAACAUAUUCUGGAGAUUAUUGGGGAUUUGGAUGCCCAAGUCACGACAGAAUGUGUUAUUCCCCAAAAGUUCCAUCGUUUUGUCAUGGGACCAAUGUGUUCCCGAAUCCGACAAAUUGCCAGGGAUUAUAAUGUUCAAAUCAAAUUCCCAGACAAAGAAAGGCCAGAAACAAAUAUAGAUCCAGCUGUUGAGGAAAAUGUGGAUGAAAUGGGAAGAAACAGCACUAAAGAACCUGCAUCAAUAUCUCCAAGGAAACGUGACACCAUAUUUAUCUCAGGCCGAAAGGAAAAAUGUGAAGCAGCCAUGGAAGCUCUUAAGUCUCUAAUUCCUAUCACUGCUGAAGUGCAUGUACCCGCUGGCCUACACCGUUACAUUGUUGGUCAGAAAGGAAGUGGGAUACGCAAGUUAAUAGAUGAAUUUGAAGUUAAUAUCCAGGUAUCAGAACCCGGACUAGAGUCUGAUGUUAUAUCCAUCAGGGGCCUUGCUACAAAUGUGGAACAAGCCAAGGCCAGAUUACAAGAACGAGUCAAGGCUUUACAAACUGAAAUAGAAGAUCGGGCACUAAGAAAUUUUAAACUAAUAUUUACUUUAGACCCAAAAUAUCACUCCAAGAUCAUUGGUCGUAAAGGCUUAGUUGUUGCUCAUAUUUGCUUAGAGUAUGAUGUUACCAUCCACUUUCCAGUUAAAGAGAGCAAUGAAAUACAAGACCAAAUCAUCAUCACUGGAUAUAAAAACAACACCUUAGCUGCUCGAGGAAUAAUGAGAAUUGUGCAGAAGAUCGAAAGAACAGUUACUAAGCAAAUCCCACUAAACUGCCGUGUUCAUGGCCAUAUUAUUGGAUUCCGUGGAAAAGUUAUCCAUAAAAUAAUGAAUCAAUUCCAAGUAGACAUCCAUUUCCCUCCAAAAGGGUCCUCCAAUUCAAAUGUCACUGUGACUGGACAACCAGACAAUGUCAAAAAAACAAUUGAUCACCUCCUCAAUCUUGAGGAACAUUAUCUGUCUACUAUAAUAAACCAUGAAUAUCAACAGGAUCAUAUUAGGAGUGUCUGUCUUUAUAAUGCAUCCAUGGCUCCAUCCAGGAGUUUUGCAAUAAAAGAUGUUCCCUGUACUACAAAAAACAUCCAAAAUCCUCCUGAUAUGAAUAACUCUGAAGAUUUUCCCAUAUUGAACCAUCGGAUGUCUCCAAAGACUUACCCUUGGAGACAAUAA